CCUGCAGGUCUCUGAGUUUCCUUGACCAGUGAUCCUGAAAAACAACGCCAUGGGCCGGAUCACAGAAGAUCUUAUUAGACGGAAUGCUGAACACAAUGACUGUGUAAUUUUUUCCCUGGAGGAACUUUCCUUGCAUCAGCAAGAAAUAGAAAGACUAGAACAUAUUGACAAAUGGUGCCGGGAUUUAAAAAUUCUCUAUCUUCAAAAUAACCUCAUUGGAAAAAUUGAAAAUGUUAGCAAACUCAAGAAACUUGAAUAUUUGAAUUUAGCACUAAACAACAUUGAAAGAAUCGAAAAUUUGGAAGGAUGUGAGUGGCUGACAAAACUUGACUUGACUGUAAAUUUCAUUGGCGAACUGAGCAGCAUUAAAACUCUGACCCACAAUAUUCAUCUGAAGGAGCUCUUCCUCAUGGGCAACCCGUGUGCUGAUUUCGAUGGCUACAGGCAGUUUGUGGUGGUGACCUUACAACAGUUAAAGUGGUUGGAUGGCAAAGAGAUAGAGAGGUCUGAAAGGAUCCAGGCAUUGCAGAACUACGCAGCAGUUGAACAGCAAAUCAGAGAACAGGAGAAAGCGUACUGCCGUAGACGGGCCAAAGAGAAAGAGGAGGCUCAGCGAAAACUCGAGGAAGAAGAACAGGAAAGUGAAGACAAGAAGAAAAGUGGCCCAGGUUUUGAUGGGCGUUGGUACACAGACACACAUGCUGUUUGCCCAUCUGCCACAGAGAACAAAAACUAUCUCCAGGUACCAGAAAUAGAAGAAGAGCACAGCAGAAAGAAAACAGAUGAAAGUGAAGAUGAUCUGGCAUUCUGGAACAAGCCCUCUUUGUACACCCCUGAGUCUAGACUGGAAACUCUCAGACACAUGGAAAAACAACGUAAAGUCCAAGAUCAAUUAAGUGACAAGAAGAAGAAAGUGAAGCCACCCCGGACUUUGGUUACUGAAGAUGGGAAGGUCCUGAAUGUCAACGAAGCCAAACUUGAUUUCUCUUUGAAAGAUGAUGAAAAACACAAUCAGAUCAUCCUGGACCUGGCUGUCUAUAGGUACAUGGAUACCUCUUUGAUUGAGGUUGAUGUGCAGCCAACUUAUGUUCGAGUAAUGGUCAAAGGAAAGCCAUUUCAGCUUGCCCUCUCUGCAGAGGUACAGCCUGACAGAAGCUCUGCUAAAAGGUCCCAGACAACAGGACACUUGCUGAUCUGCAUGCCCAAGGUAGGAGAAAUAAUCACAGGAAGUCAACGAUCACCCACGUACACGACAACCACCCUGGACAGCAGCAGGGAACAAACAAACCUCAGAAGAAACCACAUAGAACGAUUAGAAGUGGAUCCCAGCAAGCGUUCCUGCCCUGAUGUGACUACCAUAGUACAAGAGAAAAAAUACAAACCCCAAAGAAGAGAACCCCAACCCCGAAUUGUACCCAGGGAGGAAGACCCAGACUUUGAUGAUAACCCAGAAGUGCCUCCUCUAAUUUGAAACAUGAGGCUAUGUUGUCAUUGACUGUGACCCAUGAAGCCAGGUUGACAGUGGAUGUGUGUCAUUCAUGGGGUAAACCUAGUUCGUUAUCAUUUUAUCUGGUGUUGUAACCCCAACUUUGCAUUGUAAUAUUCUUAAGUGAGUUUAAAAUUAAAUUGCAUACCUUAAAUAGGCUGUAACUUAUCACUCAUCUAUAAUUAAGCUUAGCAAUUGAAAAUACUC